CAUUGGAUCAAAUGCAGCUCUCCACACACAUACACACACACACACACACACACACGGUCUGGUGCAGCCAGCAUCUCUAAUUUUCCCCCAUGGUGGCUGACACCUGCAUGUCCAGGCUAAUUAAACACACGCAGCGAGCUCAGAGCAGAGCGGAGUCAGACUCUCUGAAGCUGCUCGCUUCAGAGACGGGAUCCGUUUUCAAUCCAUAUCUGUGAGGGUAGCGCGCACCGGAGCGCACCGGAGCGCACACACCCUGCACACCGCAUUCAGACUGGGGAAGCUUCCACAGACACACCUGGAAUCAGGACCAGGAAGGGAUUUCCGCUGCGGUCCGGUUCAGGUCCAUUUACCUGAGAAAUAGUCGGCUUUCCAAAGACAAAGAAGAAGACGAAGAGAAAACAAAAUCCUUGCUUGAGGUGACAUUUUAACUAAUGGAUUUCUUGAACGUUUCUUAUUUUUCUAAUGGAGACUUAAAUUUAACAAGAGCUGAAGAUGAUGCCCCUCACUGCGGUGCCAGUCUGCCUGUCAUCUUUGGAAUCAUCUGUUUCCUGGGCAUCAUCGGGAACUGCAUCGUCAUAUACACAAUUCUGAAGAAGACCAAGUGUCGUGCCAAGCAAACAGUCCCAGACAUAUUCAUCUUAAACUUGUCAAUCGUCGAUCUCCUGUUUCUUCUUGGCAUGCCGUUCCUCAUCCACCAGUUGCUGGGCAACGGUACGUGGCACUUCGGUGCAGCCAUGUGCACGGUCAUCACUGCCCUCGACUCCAACAGCCAGAUUGUCAGCACUUACAUCCUCACUGCAAUGACCCUUGACCGCUACUUGGCGACGGUUCACCCGAUCCGCUUCAACCACAUCCGAACACCAUAUGUAGCUGUACUGGUCAUCGGACUGGUGUGGGUACUGUCCUUGUUCACAAUCAUCCCUGUGUGGAUGUACACUGGUUUGAUGCCUCUGCCGGAUGGGCUGGUUGCCUGUGCUCUCCUUCUCCCAGAUUUGGUCAAUGACACAUACUGGUUUACGCUUUAUCAGUUUUUCUUGGCUUUUGCAAUCCCUUUGGUCAUCAUCUGCCUGGUGUUCUUCAAGAUCCUACAACACAUGUCCGCCAGCGUGGCACCGCUGCCCCCGCGCAGUCUAAGGGUGCGGACCAGGAAGGUGACCCGGAUGGCGGUGGCCAUCUGCCUCGCUUUCUUUACCUGCUGGGCUCCUUACUACAUCCUGCAGCUCAUCCACCUCGGGGUGCAGAACCCAAGCAUAGCUUUCUCAUAUGCAUACAGCAUCGCCAUCAGCAUGGGUUACGCAAACAGCUGCAUCAACCCUUUUCUCUACAUUGGUCUCAGUGAGACCUUCAAGAGACAUUUCCUCCGGGCCGUGCGGCCGAUCAACAGGAAGUUCAGAGUGAACCCGAGCACCACAGACAGUGUGAGCAUGAGGAUUGUACCGGAAGGGGCUCAGCAGGAGCAGGCCUCCAGGGAGAUGUUGCCCUCCAACGAUCCUCCGCAGUGACUCGAUAAAUAUCACUGAUAAAUCUGUUUAAUCCCAGAUUUUUCCUGUUAGUCGGGAAAAGCGUUGCCUAAAUGUACUCGUUUUUCAUUCAAUUUGAUCUAUAUUCACAUGAAAGAAAACAAAAAAAAAAAAAAAAAAAAAAAAAAAAAAAAAAAAACAAUAAAAUGCAAAUCCAGUCUGAGGUAUAAAGGAACCUUGUUAAUGGAUAAAGCCCACUGCAGGUCAGGGGGUCAAAGGAGACGUGAAAAUUAUCGAAGGACUUGGUAAAAAGUGUUCCAGUUGUACACAUAUAAACGGGUGUAUCUCAAAUUAGAAUAUCAUUAAAUAGUUCAUCCACUCAAAAUGUGUGGAUUUGUGUUUUAGGUGUUUAUUUCUGCUGGUUUGACGGCUGCAGGAAGCCCAGUGUUCAGUUUCUCAGAGAAUUUAAGUUUUACUAAUGACCAAAAAGGCUUUCAGUUAUUCCUGUUGCUUGUGAAGCAGAGGUUUUCGUUGGUCAAAUUUUCCUGUGAAAGGAUUCGAUGUAGAACUUUAUACUUGUGUAGUACCGACCUUCUUUGGCACACCUGUCUUGGGGUGUCAGCCUGUGUUUUUCUCAUGAAUGUGUAAGCCAUAAAAUAACACUUCUGCCAUUUUUGGUCUUACAUGGUUUUCAGUUUUUUCAGGGGCUGUGUUUAUCAAGGUGGGGUCUUGAAUUGUGUCCUUAUGAUUGUGACUACAUAUCAGUUAUUUUAACAGUGAAUGUGAAACACAGGCAUACAAAAAAAAAAGGCAAUGUCGUUUCCGUCUUGCCAAAAUCAUAGCAUCUCAGGGAAUUAAUUUGACGAGGUGAAGCUUUUGCAUUGUUGUGCUUUGUAAUAUCUGAUCAAUCCGAACUGUUCACUUUUCCAAACUUUGUGUUUGAAGAUGCUAAAAAAAUAUUGUUGCUGUUGUAGUUUUUGUUCCAUUUUCAAAGCAACAAGCCUUGCAGUGCAGGAACAUCAGCCUAUUUCCUAUUAACUGACUUCAAACUCACUCUGCGCAGCCAAGGAUUAUAAAACUUGUACAUUUUCCUGCAACCACUGCAGUGUUUAAGAUCAGAUGCACAAUGACUGAAUACAAAUCAAAUGCACAGCAUUACUAAGCAGAAACUACACUCUCUUUGUCGAUAGCUCUGGUGGUUCUAAAGGAAAUCAAUUGAAUAAAAAAUAAAGUGAACAAAAGAAUUAACUGCCAAACAAAGACGAAGCCAGAAUGGAAGCACAGCGUGUGCAAGAUGUUACUGUUACUUUGUUUAACCCCACUUACCCUGCAAAUACGACUCCUGUACGACCUUUUCAGUUUUACAACCCUAUUGAAGGAGCCACUCGUUCUCACAGCAUUGCUUCAGUCCAUGGAGAUUUGUGCGGAUUCAUGUCGGCACAGUUCUUGUUCUUAUAUCACGUCAUUUCAAAUCGGUCAAGAUCUGGACUUUCAUCCAGCCGUUAAAAAAAAUAAAUAAAAAAUCAUGUUUAUAUUCUGCUUCAGUCAAUGUGAUUCAGAUUGGCUGCCCUAUUUGUGAUUAUUGUCCUGCUAAUGUCCCAGUUUGGGCCAGGCUUUAGCAAACAGACAGACUGAUGUGAUGGACAUUACUUGGGAAUUGCCAUCCUGAUUGAUGGACAGAAUCAAGUGCAUCUCCAAAUUUGUUGUUAGAACUUUUUCUCUGUGGCAUUAUGCUAACACACACACACCCAUAGGCUUUAAUGGAUGCAAACAGUCCUGUUUGAACUACCCUGUUUUUCAAGUCCAGAAAUAAGCAACACCUAGUUGCUAAUUUUCCUCCAAAAACCUAUGAAAGCACCAGGGUUGCACCUGUAGCCUUUCCACACAAAGCUGCUCUUCUAAUUUGCUUUUUUUUUUUUCUGCAAGGUAAAUAUUGAAAGUGUUGAAAUCUUUUGCAUGAUUUUGUUCACUGCAGAUUGUAUUUAAAUAAUCCCAGAAGUAAAGACCAGAUCACAUUUUUGCAGAAAAUGUUUUCUAAUAUAUGACAUUUUGUAUUUUUAAAUGAAGCUGUGAACAACAUAGUGCAAUUAUUUGUUUAAAGCUGCAGUACACCGUUACUGUUUACAAUCAGCUGAUUCUUACUCAGUUGUCGUUUAGCCACGCAACAUAAUGUGACAGCGGUGACGCUCAGCUCUGUUUUAUGUUUCAGCUCCUGUGACAAGGUGCAUUGCAAUGCUAAAAAAAAAAAAAGAAUACAGACUUUGAUUUGUGUUUGUGUUAACUUUCAACCAGCUGCCUGACUUCUGUGAAUGUGAGGUGACCAGGAAGAAAAUCUGUUAUUGUGUGCAGCGAUGCAACUAAAAGAAAAGAAAAUCCCACUUGGGUUGGAUUUGAUUGCUCAGUCGACAUCGGACACAAAAAAAAACAAGUGGGAAUAUUUUUUCUCCUUUAUUUGCCGUUUGAUCAAUUUAUUUAUUGUGUUGUUGGAUUUGACUGUUGGCUUUCUUGUUCGGAGCUUUUCAGGCAAACUGAAAUGUAAAAAAAAAAAAAUUAAAACAAGUCAUACAUGACAGAUGGUUAGGGUAUGUUUUUGUGAGGUAUAGCAGAAACAAGUGUUCAACAACAUAGCAGAAGGGGGAAAAAAAGAAUUAACAUGUUCUGAAUGAAGUGAACAAACCAGAUUUCACCAGUUUGCAGUUCUUUGAGGAGAUGCAGCUGAAUCAAAAUGUGCCAUUAUGUGGCGUCAGAGCUGCUUUUACUGAACCGUAGGAAACGGGAACAAACGGCACAGACCGAGAGCAAAACUAGGAACAAAACCAAACAUGAAAAGUAAAAUUCAAGCCUCAU